UGAACUUCUGGGUUUAGAGCUUAGAGUGAGAAAAUUGCUCUUUAGUGCAAUUAUGAAUGAUUAAAGUGAUCGAUCGUAAGCGAGGAAGUAAAGGAUGAGCAGUGAUACGGAAUCACAGCGCACCAUGUCGACUUUCCUCCUUUUGCUGCUGAGCGUCGUCGGCGCCGUUGUAGCGGACAAUUUAGCUCUCUUGUCAGGCACUUUGAAGACAUAUCAGCGAGCCUCUUGUAACGAGGACUGGAUGACGCUGAAGUGUCCGAUUGGCACGGCAAUUCUGGUCACAGUCGCGCGUUAUGGACGCGCCAGUAUUGACAGUAGUGGCAAGUGCAGUACUACUGAUCCUAUGAUUACCGAUAACCACCUCAAUUCUACGUGUCUCUGGCCUAAUGCACUUCAGCAUUCGCUGUUGCAGACGGUGGUGGAAGUCUGCCAAAAGAAACGACAAUGUACAUUCAACACAAGUCCAAAAAUGAGUGACCCAUGUCCAGAUAUGCCGAAAUACAUCGAGGUUGUGUACAAGUGCCGUCCCUAUGAAUUUAGGAGUAAAGUAGCGUGUGAAAACGAUGCCAUCAAUCUUUCGUGCUUCCCAAACUACAGGGUAGCGAUCUACAGUGCCUCCUUCGGCAGAACGGAGUACGAAUCGCUCCAAUGUCCACAGCCCAAUGGAGUUAAAGACGAAACCUGUUUGGCCAGCCAUGCGACGGAAAAAGUAAUAGAUCUAUGUCAUGGCCGUCGUCACUGCUCGAUCGCCGCCAAUAGUUCGACAUUUGGUGAUCCUUGUCGACCUGAAAGCAGAACCUAUCUCAAGGUCGUUUACACGUGUGUCUGGCGCUCGGUACUCCGCGAGCAGUACGAGAAAGGCGAUAUGGAGCCGGACGAAGAAAAUCUACCUUCCGAGUCUGACGAGGGUUUCGACCGGGCGGACUUUCGUGUGGAGUUCAGUCCAAGUCCGAAUCUCGAGAGUCCGCAGUUUCAGCCACGAGACAACACCUCGCGACCCAGUGUCAAGUCAUCUUCAGAACCGUCCUCGCCUCCUCGCGCCAGGACCAAUAAUGACGUGGGUGAUCGCCUGCACAAUCUCAACGCGGUCGGCGACAGAGGUAAGGCGAUCAGAAUGCAGGAGCGCUUACCAGCGCCUGGCAACGGCCACAUGCUGACCGACCCGUCGACCGUCGGUAACGUGAGCAACUGCACGACCGUCUUGUACGCGACGCCCGUCAAGGAGGACCGCGUACUCCUCAACUACGUCAACGAGUGGAUCAGCGCUUACGUGUUCCUGGCAUACAACCAGGAGAAAUUUUACUUGUACGUGAUCGUGUCAGUAUCGGCGGGAGUCUUGUUGCUGCUAGGUUUAGUAAUUGGAAGACUUUUACUAAGUCGGCAUCGAACGAAGCGUGAUGCCAAGUUCCACGCCAAAGAAGAGACUCUACCCAAUGGAUUCACCGACGAUAUAUCAGAAAUCGACGCAGAUAUCGACCUGACAACACCCGUGCCAGUACCAAUGCAGGAUACGAGGCUACCGGAGACGCAACUGGCCGAGCGGCUACACGGUGACCGUUACUACAGCGACGCGAGGAUACCGCUGUCUCCGAUAUCGACGCACUCCCUCGGCGGGAUGCGCGUCGACCUCGGUAACCACAUGGUUGGCACCGACAGCCUACACACGAUCUUGCGACCCGACGGCUCGCGCUUCGGCAGCACCAAAACCAGCUACUACUAUGGCUGACAGGAGGACGGGGUCGUCCUGCGCGAGGGCCGACCCCCAUCCUCCCAGCUGAGUCCCGUGCCCGAGGUCAGUACGCGCAAGUACUGCUUCUGAGUGACUCCAGCCUCGAUAUUCACGGAACGGCAUCGCACCGAGGCUAAUUGACACGAAGUCGGCGAGUCUUAACCUCCUAUCCCUCUUCCUAUUUAGAAUGCGUAUGCAUCCGUGCGUAAGACUGGCAGACAAACCGAGAGCGAUAAAGAGAGAGAGAGAGAGAGAGAGAGAGAGAGAGAGAGAGAGAGAAUUAUCAGAGUGUGCAGGAACUGAGUGGGAGGGAGGGAGACUCUUGGCGAGCUUUUCGUUAAUUUUGUUUGCUGCUCUCGCGACUGGCCAUUGGCAGGAUUUUCAAACUCCUCAUCGAGCGCUGCUUGUAGCAAGCUGGGCCGCUUGAAAACCCAGGCUCUGCACUGAUUGUCAGGGACGCUGUUAAAAUUAGGCUUCCUACUUGCUUUUAAUAUUUUUCUACUAUCGGAGUUGACGGACGAAUUCCAAUAAUUUUAAUAAUAAUGAAUAAUUGCUAGUAUAAAAAAGAUACGAAAUUGUAAGACGGAGAUUAUUUUUAUAAAACAAAGUUAAUGCUGUACAUUGACAGGUUAAAAGUGUUUGUAAAAUUGCAGCGCAGCUGUAUCACUAGUGCAACGUGACGACUGCGCAUUUCUCUCAUUCAAAUGGAAUUUCGUUAAAUGUUUAAAUUUAUUUAAGCGUAUAAGGAACAUAUAUAUUCUAAUAAUACAUUGUCGAUAGAAACUACGAUAAUUAAUAAUAAUGAAGAAGUUUGUGCGAAAUUUAUUCAUGUACUAUUAUUUUAUAAAACUUAUUCGUUAGGUACAUAAUAAUGUAUUGAUCGAUAACUCAUUUGUCGAUACUUUUACGUUUCGGCAUGUAGACAAAUAGCUCUUUAUAAAGAAAUCUUAGCUUAUAAUUAAAA